GACCCCCGGCGUCACCCUGACCCGGAAGCGGUAGCCGGGGAAGGGACUGGUCUGGAUGGAGUUGUGUUGUGUUUUGGUGUGAGACACAAAGAAUUUCAGAAAAACCAUGAGGCAGAUUGGCUUAAAUCUGUUUUCGGUGUCCAAAUAACCAGUCAUGCAGUGGAUGAUUUGAGUUACAAACUGUGACAAGACCAUUGUUUCAGAUGUAAAGCUACGCUGAGAAAAAACUAUCUUUGUGGCUAAGGCUCUCAUUUUUUAAGGAGCAAGAAUGUUUAGCAUGAUACAAACCUCCAAGACCGAGUUCCUGGACAUGGCCCGGGCUGCUCGGGAGGAGAGAAAAGGGCAGAAGGAACGUGAGCGUGCAACGAUUGUGAUCCAAGCGCUGGUCAGGAGGUACCUCUGCAGGUGUCGGCUGCUGAGAACAAUCAGACAUGAAAUCGAUGAUUUUUUUGACGUCAGUGAAUCUAAUUCUUCAAAGAGAAGUGCGCUCGUUGUGUUCAAAAUAGCAAGGAAAUUGCUCUUUGUGUUUAAUGUGAAAGAAGAUAAAGAGAGACUUCAGAAGCUGUGCAACUGUGUCCUGAAUAGCAUGGAAGUGGAGAAUGAACCCAAGGUAUGGUAUGUCUCAAUAGCACUUUCCAAAGAUCUCACCCUGCUAUGGAUCAAACAAGUAAAAGACCUCCUCUGGAUCUGCUGUGUAUUUUUAAAGCGGCUGAAGCCAGAUAUUCUGCAGGACGCCAAGUUCAUCACCUUGUAUCUUACGGUGCUGAUCACACUCACCGAUGCUUCAAACUGGAAAAUACUGAAGGGGAAAGGCGAAGCCCUGAGACCUGCCAUGAACCAUAUUUGUGCAAACAUCAUGGGACAUCUCAAUCAAAAGGGUUAUUACACAGUGCUACAGAUAUUGUUAACGAAUGGACUGGCAAGAUCCAAACCAUCUCUGUCCAAAGCCACAUUAACAGCCAUUUUCACCCUUGCGUUACGACCAAUGAUUGUCGCACACUUCUCAGAUAACCUGCUCCGUUCUUUCCUGCUGCACAUCAUGUCAGUCCCAGCACUGGUGACGCAUCUCUCCACUAUAGUACCCGAGUGCAUGUCGAUGGUCCAUUCCCACGAGCUGCUGCGAAAAUUCAUCCUGUUCUUAAGUCGAGACGAGCAGUGCGAUGAUAUCUGUGUCUGCUUGGAAGGAAGCCAUACACUUUGUUUGCUGGGCAACCUGAUUUAUUUGGCCUAUCUGUCCGAGAAGGUUUUGGAGGAGGAGACGAGUCACUUUAUCAGUGUGCUGACUGCUAUGCUGUCGUAUUGCCAGAAAUAUGUAUCUCAAAAGAAGUCUAACCUGACACACUGGCACCCUGUUCUGGGCUGGUUCUCACAGACUGUUGACUAUGGGAUGAAUGAAGCAAUGCCACUGGUCACCAGGCAGUUGCAGUACCUGUGGAGCGUACGGGUCAUUCGCCUGUUGUUCCAAUAUGUUCUCAGCAAAAAAUUACCCGAGCUUCAAGACGUGGUGCAUUCAUACGCUCAGUCCUCCAGCUCUUCAAAUAACAUUCAGGUCAAAAACCUCUUCAAACGAGCCUUUCAAAAGUCAGCGUCCAUGCGCAACAUUCUGAAGCCGGUUGGCGGGAAGCGAGUGGACUCCCCCGAGGUUCAGAAAGUCUGCAGUAUCUGCGUGUUGUAUCAGACGGCAUUGACUACACUCACCCAGAUUCGACUCCAGAUCCUCACCGGGUUAACCUAUUUAGACGACUUGUUGCCCAAGCUGUGGGCAUUCAUUUGUGAGUUGGGGCCCCAGGGGGGCUUGAAGCUAUUCCUUGAAUGCCUGAACAAUGACACCGAGGAAUCCAAGCGGCUUCUUGCAAUGCUGAUGUUGUUUUGUGACUGCUCUCGGCACCUUAUCACGAUUCUGGAUGAAAUCGAGGUGUAUGAAGAGCAAGUAUCAUUUAAGCUGGAAGAGCUGGUCACCAUCUCCUCCUUCCUAAAUAGCUUUGUAUUUAAAAUGAUCUGGGAUGGCAUUCAGGAAAGUGCGAAUGGGGAGCAACUGGAGCUGUUCCACGCUGUUCACGGGUGGCUGAUGACUCUGUACGAGCGAGACUGCCGGCGACGUUUUGCCCCCGACGAUCACUGGCUGCGCAAGGACUUGAAACCCAGCUUGAUAUUCCAGGAUUUGGAUAAAGGGAGGAAGCGAGCCCAGUUAUUAUUGCAGUACAUCCCUCAUACCAUCCCACACAAGAAUAGAGUGCUGUUGUUUCGGAAUAUGGUGACGAAGGAGAAGGGGACAUUGGGUUUGGUGGAGACAAGCUCUGCAUCCCCUCAUGUUAUCCAUGUUACCAUCCGCAGAUCCCGCAUGCUUGAGGAUGGAUAUGAACAAUUGCGCCGAUUGCCUGUUAACACGAUGAAGGGGGUCAUUCGAGUGAAAUUUAUGAAUGAUCUUGGAGUAGAUGAGGCUGGCAUUGAUCAGGACGGUGUCUUCAAGGAAUUUUUAGAAGAAAUCAUCAAGAAGGUCUUUGACCCAGCUCUCAAUCUCUUCAAGACAACCAGUGGAGAUGAGCGACUAUACCCAUCCCCCACCUCGUACAUCCAUGAAAACGUCUAUGAGACUAAAAAGUAUUUGAACAUUUCCUUUCAACAGGGGAUAGUGGUGGAUGUUCCCUUUGCCUCCUUCUUCCUCAGUCAGGUGCUUGGACAUCAUCACAGUGCAUUGUACAGCUCAAUUGACGAACUUCCAUCCCUGGAUGCUGAGUUCUACAAAAACCUCACUUCCAUAAAGCGUUACGAUGGUGACAUUGGUGACCUUGGUUUAACAUUAUCUUAUGAUGAAGAUGUUAUGGGUCAGCUUGUUUGCCACGAGCUGAUACCAGGAGGAAAAACCAUAGGGGUAACCAAUGAAAAUAAAAUCAGUUACAUCCACCUGAUGGCCCACUUCCGCAUGCACACUCAGGUUAAAGACCAGACGGUGGCUUUCAUCCGCGGCUUCCGCUCCAUCAUUAACCCCGAGUGGCUCCGUAUGUUUUCCACGCCUGAAGUGCAGCGCCUCAUUGCAGGAGACAACGCCGAGAUCGACUUGGAGGACCUCAAAAAGCACACGGUAUAUUACGGAGGCUUCCAUGGCAGUCACCGAGUCAUUGCCUGGCUCUGGGAUAUUUUAGCUCACGACUUCACAGCAGAAGAACGAGCCAUGUUUCUUAAGUUUGUCACCAGCUGCUCCCGACCACCCCUCCUGGGCUUUGCUUACCUUAAACCCCCCUUCUCCAUUCGCUGUGUGGAGGUUUCAGACGAUCAGGACACGGGGGAUACGCUGGGUAGCGUACUGCGCGGUUUCUUCACCAUCCGCAAGAAGGAGCCGGGCGGCCGGCUGCCGACCUCUUCAACCUGCUUCAACCUCCUGAAGCUUCCUAACUACAGCAAGAAGAGCAUCUUGAGAGAGAAACUCCGCUAUGCAAUCAGUAUGAACACCGGAUUUGAACUCUCCUAACCCUGGUUGAAAAAGGACACGGUGGCUCGUACACCUUUUAUAUACAGUACUGGACCCUCCUGAACUUUGAGCAAGCGCUCUUCACUGUACAUCUCACUCCAUUGCCAACAGAAUUCUGGCUGUCUGGAAUCCAGUUUUAUUCAUCCCAGUGACUGAGACAAAGUUAAAAUGGAGCACAAAGAUGCAUCCAAGAUGAGACUACUCGGUAUCCUUACAGAAACGUUUCACAAUAUCAAACGUGGUUGAAAACAAAAUGACUUCAGCUCUUCUUGAAGGCUGUAACGGUGCUCAUCUGAAAGCUGAGAAUGGUGCAGGAUUAUUUGUGUGAUUUAGAAAGUUUAGCAAAAUUAUUUCCAUCUUUUAUUUUUUUGUUAGCAUUGAGGAAACAAUCACUGCACUCAACCUGAAUUAACGGGCUUGUGUGGACACAAGGAACUGCAGAUGCUGGUUUACAAAAAUAAAAAGUGCUGCAGUAGCUCGGCAGAUCAGGCAGCAUCUCCAGCGAACACGGAGGUGUGACGUUUCAGGUUGAGACCCUGAAGGAUCACGACCUGAAACAUCACCUCUCCAUGUCCUUCAGAGAUGCUGAGUUACUUUGUGUCGUUUUUUUAAGCAGGCUUAUCAUUGGUUGCAUUUAUAAAAUGAACGAUGAAUCAACGCACAAAUUUAAUGAACAAAAACCUCUGUUCCUGCAAGGCCACCUUGCUGAUAGGAAGCUGCUGUGUAUGCCAAAAGUCAUUGAAAAGACUACACUGCAAAUGUUAACACCGACUCCUAUUUUAGCAAUGGGUUCCAGCAAAAACACCAUCCUAUCAACUUUAUUUCCCCUUCAUUUUACCAAGUGAAACCCGGAAAAUUGUGGAAUUCUACAACCCCGUGAUGUAGUAGUCAUUACAUCAUGUAUUUUAGAAUGGAUCUGGUUUCACUCCAGAUUCAUCUCAAACAGACCGCAUCCAUUUUUAAAAAAAGUUUUAGUAAAUCGCCUAUUCAAUGUAAAAAUAACCUUUUAAAAUGGGCUUUGCAGAUAACGACAACUGCAGGGUCCAGCUUAUUUCCGGCAAUACGAUCUCUGUGUAAUAUUAAUUAUUUUGAAUAGCAAGGUAGAAAAGGUUACUAUAUAAUACUCAAGUAAUUUAUAACUAGCCAAUGUGAAUUUCUCAGGCAUUAAUGUAUAUUUCAAGCUGGUUUAUCCAUUAAUAAAGUUCCCCACUUAUUUUUAA